GUUAGUAUGUAGAAGUUCAAGAUAAGGCAAUGUCUAUAUAUUUGUAACCCGCGCUUACCAAAUAAUAUCUUACUUUGAGUUCAACACCAGGAUGAAGAAGUUCUUGUUCAUCAUAGGAUUUGCUGUUCUUAGUGGUGUUGCUGAGGCUACACACUUUUACGUUUACUCCUGUCCACUGAGCUCAUCGGCAUCCUUUCUUUCCUCAAGCAACAGCAAGGACUGCCCAAGCAGCGGAAAAAGGGACAUUCCGUAUGGCAUCAGACACACUUACAUACAAAUAGGAUCGAAAUGUUACGACUGGGGAGAUUGGAAUAAUCCAAGGGUGAGCGAUUGCAAUGGUAGCACACUUUCUUGUUGCGUUCAAAAACGUCGCUAUGAAUCAUCCGGAACUACUUCGUGUGCUAAUAGAAUCACUAACUUUGAAUCUGCUUGGAGAUCUCAGGGGAAAUCAUAUAGCGUCUAUUCUUGGAAUUGCCAAGUGUAA